ACAGUGUCACUAACUGUCAAUGUAACCAAAGAACGUUUUCUAAUUUCUAUGGAUUAAUUGAUUUAUGCAAUAUAGUUAAUAUGUAUAAUAUUAUUAUUGUGUUUAAUUUUUUUAUUUGUUCGCGAUGUUCUUGAUUCGAUAUUAGUCGUAACUCGUGACUCAUCGCCCAUGAGGUUUUAACCUAUUUCUGUUAAUUCGUUAAUUUGCUGUCAACUAUCAAGUAAAAAUAAAUUAAUAGGCACAUUAAUUAUAUUUAUUUCUGUUACAGUGGUACUGUAUCUGUUCAAUUUUUAAAGUUUUUUCAUAUUAAUGGUUAGUUUACCUUAAUUGUUUUUUCUUUAAUAACAAUAAUAUAAUUGAUCAUUAAUAAUUACAAUUUUAAAAAACAUCAAGAAAAAAGUUGUAAGUACAAAUAUGAUAUUUUUCUUUUCUACCUAUUUUAUGAAAAAUGCAGACAAAAAAAUCUAUGGAACUACCCAAAUUUAUUUGAAUAAGAAUGUCAUACUUUGAUAUUUGUAGGAUCACAGAAAAUUUACCACGUGACACUUUAUGAAGUCAACGCGUAACUAUUUAGUCCAGUUAUAGUUUAUUAUAAGAAAUGUAUUAGCGAAAAAAUUGAAGUGGACAUUUUCAUUGUAUUUUAUUAUAUAUAAAUAUAAGUAAUCGAUAUUUUAAAAUCCAAAUUUUAUGCGUUAGUAAAUUUUUUUUGAAAUCGAGCUUUUAGGUAUUCGGGCAAAAUGUCGAAAACCAUAACAUUUGAUGUUGAGUAUCCGCCCAGACAAUUCAAACGUGAUUUAAUUUUAUUUUUUUGAUUAUUGGUAUUGGAAAGAAGUUAAAGUUAAAUAUUACGUAGAAGAAAUUUUCGGUGGCUAGAUGGCGGCUCCCUAGUCCGUGUCAAAGUGUUAGACGAUAUUUUGACAUACCAUUUUUCUGAUAUUUGCCAGAAAAUGAGUGAUCGUAUUUUCCAUUCUCUUGUAAUACUUGUAAUACUCAAAAAUCUUGAGACUGUUCCUAUAGUUAUUCCUAAAAAUAAUUGUUCCAUGACUGGGAAUAAAACUUCAUGUAUACAAAAAAUUUAGUUUCUAAAUUACGGACUAUGUUUUAUAAAUAAAUAGAAAACCUCGUAACAUUUUUCAAUAUUUUGAUACAAAAUACUAUUUUCCCCUUCCACUAUUUCUCUCCAACAUACAAUCCACAUUUUCAAUUUUCAUUGUUUCCAGGUUUUAUCAUAUCUUAAUUUUUUUCAGACAUUUAAGUCAUUGCUGACUGAGCCUCACUAAGACAUCUUGACCUCUUUCUGCUGAGUUCAUUGAUUAAUAUCUUAUUGUAUUAGCCAGUGGCGGAUUUUCAAUAUUUUCCUGGAAGGGGGUCCAAAAAAAUAAUAUGUAUUAUUUUUAUUUGUAUAAAAUGUCUUCUUUUUGUUUUGCAAAGUUCUUUCAAGACUGUGUCAGUUGUUAAUCAUUGUUCAUCUCUAUGAAUCGACAUCAUUGCCAAACUGUUUAGUCAACCCUGAAAUUUAAACAUUUUUUUUUUAUGUAUUUUGCCUAGAAUUUUUUUAAAAUUUGACAUGCUUAAUUAUUUUUUCUUAUCUCGGUUAUAGAAUUUUAUAGAUAUGUUUUGAUUUGCUUUAAGUUUGAAAACGAGCACUUAUUUGAUGCAGUGGAAACUGGUAUAGUAGCAACGAUCUGAAGGAGUUUGGAGACACUUAGGUACAUUUUUUUAUUACAAACUAUCAUUGCUUGAAGUGCGUUUUCUGGGUUUUUCUCGUGUUUUUUAAUCUUCUUUGCCAUAAUUUAUAUUCAGUUGAUAAUAAUGAAUGAUUUAUGAACUCCAGAUCAUCUUUGUAUUCAUUGGCUAAUUGAAUAAAUUUAUCUUCAUUUUCUUCUGUAUCAAACAAUAACUGAAAAUUUUUAAGCUUAAUCUUAUGGUUGACACACCUUUGUUCAAGUUUAAUUAUAUAAGAAUCCAUGUACGGAAUAAAUAUAUACAAUAAUACUCUUCGGUAGACUUUGCUUAGUUAUUCAUUCCAUGUAUUUCUCUGUGUAACCUUUCCAGUAUCUAUUUGUUCAAUAGACAUGUUGGAUUUUUUAAAACUUUUGAAAAAUUAAUAGUAUCAACAAAACAUUUUUGGUGAUACUCUAAAGAUGAGCGUUAAAUAUAAAUUUCAACAUCACUUACAAAAUUUGCAUAAUGCACUAUCCUGUAUUGCUAAAUAUUACAAAUAAGGAAAUCACACUAACCAUGAAUAUUGGAAUAUAAGAUUUUUUACGUUUUAGUCUUUUCCGGAAGUAAUCGAUGUUAUUGGAUAAUUUAUAAUUUAUUUCCGGUGUCCAGACUUUAUUUAAUAUAUUAUAAAUUUCAUUUUGUGAAAGUAUUUUGUUGCAGAAUAAACUGAUAUCAUAAUUAUUAUGAAUUAAGGAUGUAGAUAAAGUUGCUAUACCAUACUUAUUUUUUUUUGUAAUAAUAUCAAUAAUAUCAUUGGGCAAAUUAAGGUAUUAGUUUGAUUAAGAUUUAUAGUUUGAGUAGAUUUAAAAAAAAACAUUUUGAAUGGAUGAUUGUUUUAAUGACAUUUUAUUGAAAAAUAAAUUUGUACUCAUUUAUGAGUUUAUGAGUUUUGUCUUAAAUGCUAUCGACUAUUGUAGUAUUACAGUGUUAGUGUCAAUUCGCGAUAGUCAACUAAUCUAUACAAUAUACAUUUCAAUAGUAGGUAUAAAAUAAUGUUGUAAUAGUGUCUCCUAUAGAGGAAAAAUAUGCAGAUAAACUUACUAUCGCAAUAUAACUGAAUAUAAGGAAUUAACAUUACAACAGACGAUUUUAUCAAAACUAUAAAAAUAUAAUGGUAAAAUAUUAUUAUUAUUAUUUCAGUAGAUUCUUAACAACCAACCUACUUAUAUUUGAAAUGUAUAAAUUUAUUGUAUAUGUUACACGUACUGGGUUAGAUCCUAUGUAUAAUGCAUUAUAUAAAUUAUAAUAAAUUUAUAUAUGUUUAUAUAUUGGCGUUGGGUGGUGGGGGGUUAGACCCCCCAUAAAUCGGCUACUGGUAGUCACUUGUCCUUAGGUCUACCAGUCCACUCUAGUCUUUUUCUUUCAGGUAUUUUUGUUUGUUUGGUCUGUUGAAUUUUUUUUUUUCGAUUUCUUCAUUUUUCUUUCUUAACUUUCCUUGUAAAUUUAGGAUUCUUAAUUUUUAGUUUGAAUUUAUAUCUCUUAGAAUUUUUCUUUCAAAUAUUAUGAUUUUUGGUAUGUUACCUUUCAUUGUUGGCCAGGUUUCAUAUUCAUAUAUAAGUAACUAUCUGAUAUUGGUAUGCUUUUUAAAGCUUUGUUUUAGUUUCUCUUGAUACUAACCUUACUGUUAGUAUACCUACUUCCCAUUGAAUGAUAUUUGUUAAACAAAAUGUCAGCAUUAAUUAUAAAUUUUAUUUCUUUGGUUUAUAUUAAUCUCCAAUUAUUUAAAAUCUUCAACUUGUUCAAAUAAGUAACAAAUUCAACUAAAAAAAAAAUUUGUCUUUUAACACAUUUGUAUUACUUAAAGACAGAUGUAGUGAGGUGUCCAGAUACCCAAAACACCUUCUCCCCCCCCCCUUGGUUGCGCCAAUGAUGUAUGAUAAAUAAUUGUGUCUAUUUUUGUUAUUUUCAUCUGUACUGUGAUAUUGUUAUUGUUUAUAUCACGAUGAAAUAUUGGUCGUGCCUGAUCCACUAGAAAAUUGUUUUAUUAGGUAGGUACUGUAAUAUUAUAACAAAAUUAGUAUAUUUGUAUAUAUAAUAACUCGAUUUCUAAUCUAAAACACCUAUAUAUUAUUAAUGACUCACACGAUUUAUAUGACUUAAAAGUUUGUGAUUUUCCAUAUUUACUCAAACACUCUAGUUUAACAACACGCUUUGCAUGUAUUUUGGAUUUUUUUUUUUCGGAACCUAUGUACAUCAAUCAAAAAUUAAGAAUGAUGAUGAAAUCAGAAUAAAUGUAUUCAACUAUAAACAAACUAGCAAACUUAUGGUUGUCACUAAAGGCCUGGUUUUGUGUUUAAUUGUCAGUAAUAAUUUAUCAAGCUUAAACUUUGAAAAUAUAUUCAACCUAUACAUUUGAAUAGCACCAUUAUUUUGAUCAGGUUAAAAUACAUAAGUUUUAAAAAAAAAAUUUACAAAAGGCACGAUAAACAAGAGUAAUCUGCAUAUAUAUGCAUAAUAACUCAAAAUUACGAAUUUUGAAAUAAGUCUGUAUGAAAAGUGUUAAUUUCACUAUCAUUCUCAAUUCUAAACUUGAGUUUCUAAAAAAAAAAAAAUCAUAAUAUUUGAGUGCCGUGGAAUUUCUUUUGCAUUCUUUGUAAAACUAUUUAAUUUUUUUUAAUAAAAACAGAAUAAACCUAAAACUGGUGUACUUAUAAAUGCAUAUGUAAAUGUAAUUUUAUAUUUAAUAGAUAAGUUAUUGUAUGCAUAAUUCAUUUAUUUAGUGAUAGUGUAUGCUUUUCCUAAUACUUUUUUUUUUUUUUUUUUUUUUCAUUAUUAGUAGUAGAAAUGGCACCUAAAAAGAAAACAUUUAAUGGGUUUUCAGUUUAUAUGUUUGAAACACGAAAAUCAUUGGCAAACAGAGGAAUAAAAAUGAGUAUGGCUAAUAUGGCCAAUUAUUGUAAAGAUGAUUGGGAAAAAAUGCCUAGUCAUAUAAAAGAGGAAUAUAAAGCAAAAGGUAAAUCUAUGAAAAAAGAAAUUAAAAUUAAAAAAUAUACAUCUAUUGGUGAAAAUAUAGAAGAUGUUAAAAAGCAAUCAAUUAUUAGAAAACUACAGUCUGAUGCUAUGUAUCAUUACAUUGAAGAACUAGUUCGUAUGGAUCCACCUCGUUAUUUUAUUCCCAAAACAAAAUUUAUUUUGAUUCAUAUAAAUCCAUAUACAAGUGAAAGAGAAGGAUUUUUCUUUCCCGCUGAAGUGACUAUGGCUGAAUUUUCAUUAGAAAAAGGAUUAACACGCAUUUUUCAUCAGUUACUCGGUUUUGAUAAAAUCAGAACAUUUGCUCCACCGGCUCCUACGGCAGAUGUAAAUAACCAUGCUAAAAAUAAUCAUCAAAUUACUACGUUUUAUAAACUACCCAAUAAUUAUAAAGAAACCUUUUUAAAACUGAUUGGUAAGUAUAAUUACUAAAUAAAUUAUGUAAAACUUUUUAAAUAUCAUUUUAAUGUGUGUAAAAUUCAAUUAGGUUUUAUUAUUAAUAAAGAGGUCAAUGAAGAUAUGUUAUAUGAUUCUACCUUAGACUUGCCGCCAAUUUAUACUGCACAUGAUUCAAAUGGUAAUGAACUUAUGAUUACUAUUGCCAGUCUGUUUCAACUAUGCAAAAGUGCUACAAAUGAUUCUAUAAGCAGAAAUGAUUUCAAUAAUAUUCUUAGAGUUUAUCAUUUAGAUAAAUUAUUUAUGGAAGUAAAGAAUGCAUCUUAUAGCUCUGCAUAUCCAGACAGUGAUGUAAAAGCAAUACCCUCUGUUGCAAUAGCUACAGAAAAUUUAAGUAAAGAUUUGUUGAACAUUAUUAAAACAGUUGGUUGUACUUUUCAUGAAAAACUUGAGCGCUCUCAUGUUUGUAGUAACUUCUAUGUCUGUAAGUGGAUAUACAUUUUUUCAACUCACUGCUGUCAUUAUUUUAAUAUUAAACUUGUAGCUGGUUGCCAUUAUGAUUUUGAUUUAUCAAAAACAGAAGUUUCAGUUGAAGUUGAUCCUGUUGAUAAAGUUGAAACUUCAAAAAAUUAUGUUGGUUAUUUUGAAAAAAAAAAAGAUUUAGCUGCCAAUAAUUUCCCAGCACUAGAAGGUAAAUCAACUGUACAAUCAACCCGUAAUUGGCCUGAACUUAACAUAACUGCACAAAUAAAAUCAGUCCAACUUGUUUCCAAUAAAAAUAUCAAAUUACCUUCAUUGGGUACUUCCCAAAUACCUAUUCCGGAAGAUACUUCUACAGUAAACUCUUGGAUACAAAAUGAAGGUCGUGGAAGAGGUGGUAUAGAUAGAAAUAAAAAUAAACUACCAUUAAGUCAAAUGUUAAAAAAUAUCAAUUUAGAGGAAAAUAAUUUGAUAGUGCAAUGUGAUGACGACAUGAAAACAUAAUAGUAUGUCUUCAUUAAUUUUAAUAUAAUUUAGAUUUAAAAUAUUAUAAUUAAUUAUAUUUUAAUAAAUAAGAUGUAGC